GAAUUAAGUUAUGGUGGUUAGGAGGCAAUCCCAUGUGAUUCUUAACCUCAUUUUCCAUCCGGCAAGGACCUGCAGCUGUAUGCCUUACAGGUUCCACCAUCUCUACUAGAUGAUAAUUGACGAAGUUCCCUCCUUAUAUACAUGUCAUCUUCUGUGAUGGCCUCUCCACAGCCAAACCCCAACUUGCAUAUAGAACCAGCCCAGCUCCUCAGAUCUCUCUACCUUUCCAACAAGAGAUACUCGAAGACCAUUACCUAUUUGACAAAUCAUCAUGGCUCCUCGAUUCCCAAGAAUUGGUCAUGCUAAGCGGAUGCUUCGACAAGCCAGUUGCAGCUCGGAUGUUCCAAAAGGCCACUUUGCUGUGUAUGUUGGAGAAACUCAAAAGACAAGAUACGUGGUUCCAAUCUCCUUCUUGAAAAAUUCUUCAUUCCAGAGCCUGCUAUCCCAAGCUGAAGAGGAGUUUGGGUUCAAUCACCCUGCCAGUGGACUCACCAUCCCUUGCAGCGAAGAAGUCUUCAUUAGAUUGACCUGUUAAUCCGUAGACUCAUGUAGAGGAGGUUUAGAAACGGCAGGUGCAGAGGAUCGCAUCCCUAACAUCGUUGACACCAAUACAAAUUUUGGCUCUUAGGACAUAGGCACUUGAUCAAGUCCCAUGUAAUGUAAAGAGAAAUCUUGUUUUCUAAUGACUACAGAGUUUUCCUCCAUUGUCUACAA